AUUUGAUUGUCAAGGACACUGGUUUAGACGUAAUACGCAUCAUUAUCGAAAAACCUUUACCAAAAAACAUCAAAAUCUUCAAAAUUUACAUAUUUCGGACUUAUCAGACUAACAUCUAAGAAAUUUAUCUGUUUGAAAAUACAACUUUGAGCCUCAAAGAUGGCAAAAGUUAUGGGAAUUGGUUGUUGACGCCCUGUACUCAUCUACAUCAUAUACAUUCAAGCUCGAGGAACGAUUAUUUAUUGCUUUAGAAACAGACGAUCAUAUUAGUAAUAAUUAAUCUUGAAAGGUUAAUUUUUGAAGGAGAAAAUGCGCAAUAAUGCUGAACAUUAAAUUUGUGCUAAUCAUCGUUAUAUACUUGACUUUAUUUUGCUACGAGAAAGGUUAUUUACCCAAAAACAUAUAUCAUUCUUUUAUUGUUGAACCCAGUUAUGGAUAUAAUUAAAUUUUAAUAAUUUCAGAUUGCUCUCCAACCCCCUGUAUUGAUAAUGACCCAUAUAGAAAUUGUACAGAGUCAACAGAAAAGCCAGCGUCCAGAGCGAACUUGGCUUGGCUAGUAACACCAGCCGUGUUAGGUCUGUAUAAGUAUAAUCUUUAUUAUAAACAUAUAUAUUGUAUAUAUUAGGUCUGGAAAGAAUUAUUUCCGAUAUCAGUUACAUUUCUAUUGUUUUUGCGUAACAUAACUUUCGUUUUGUUUUCUAUUUAUGGAAAAUAGUUUAUGAAAUAUGAUUAUUUAAGUCUACUGAUAUUUAUAGGACUGGGACUGGUGUAUCUUGUUUAUAAAUGCUGUCGAGAUGGUCUCUGCAAUUGGAAACGGUUAAGGGAAAGUCACUUACCGCAUCCAUCUUAUAGGCCAGUCGAAUCCAUAUCGUCUAGAACAACGAGUCGUUUUACUGCUGGGGGAAGAGAUCUGAUGUUGGUAACAAAUCAUCGAUUAUCGCUCUCCGUCUACGAUCCGUCACCACCACCACCUUAUAGCCGUGAUGAAACUAGAUUCGCUUUUGAUCUAACUCCAAUUCCUCCAGAAUAUGUAGAAAGAAAUAAUAGUUGUUUACCCCCUCCGUUCCGAUCAAGGAAUAAUACCGGUGAAGAAAAUUCAGAUAAAAGGAUACGACAUAGUUCCGAAAAAUGUGAAAGGAGGAAUACAUGGUCUGGAAGGCGACGAAGACAUGCAAGCCACGAUAACGGUGUUCUCACAUCAAGAUUGAGAAGGAACACCGGCGAAAUGAUGUCUGGAAAUGUUAAUCCCUUAGCCCUUGAAGUAACUAAUCUAGAUGAACAGGAGAAUCUUUUACCGAUUACAAUAGAAAAAUAGAAGCUCAUAUUUGGGAAGAUAUAAACUGAGUUCUUUUUUUUUUGUAUUUCUUUACACAGUUAUUUUUUUCUUGUAUGUUUCUUUUUUUGGCCAGCUAAAUAAUACUUGUUUUUCUUUUAUCAAUCUCUUUGACUCUUCUCCUAGCUUGGGAGAAGACGAAAUAAGAAAUCUCUUCUUUAUUUUUUUAAACAAAGCUGACAGUUGACAUUAGAACUCGAUUUUUAGUUGAUAACUUGAGCAAUAGAGAAAAAUAAUACCCUGUAUAAUAAUAUAUAUAUACAGUAUAUAUAUAUAUAUAUAUAUAUAU